AUGGACAUUGACAAAGCCCUCGUAGACGACAUCAUUUCUUGUUGUUUAGCCUUGGCUCAUGAUACCGAGAAGGCCAACGACCUAUAUGAUCGUUUGCGCCGUUACGAGACGCAUGUCGCCGAAGAGCAUCGACUUGACCCCAUCCACAUUCGCGCAUACCUUCCCCCUCCAGUCAUCGAUACGCUGACCAGGCUGAUCCCGGACAAACAUUUCGUCGUCAACACGCGCUCUGCCAAGCUCCCAAAGGCCGCUCGCAUCUGGACAGUGCCUGCCCGACAACUACUCUUCCAGAUCGGCUUCGACUACGCUCGCCAGGGUGACAAGUUCUUUUUCGCCUUGUUCCAGCUCGCUGAAGGCUGCAGGCAUUGGCCAAGUUGCCUUCUCCGUCUUCGUCAAGCUGCGUGGACCCGCCGCAGCCAGCCGGGGACCCUGACCCGUUCGCAGGCCGCUAUCCGUUUUCGCCUGGGUCUCAGCCUCCAUAAUAUCGAGGUCGUCCUUCAAUCACUUCCCCGUCCUCCUCCAAAGGCAAACACAGCAGUUGUUGAUCAGUCACCUACCAACGAAAAGUCGUCCAGGAAGGGGGCCGUCGUACCAGAACAAACCACAAGUCGCUCUUCCGCCCACAGCAGUUCUUCCGCCCACAGCACUUCUUCCGACCACGACAGCUCUUCCACCCACAGUAGCUCUUCAGCCCACGGCAGCUCUUCCGCCCACAGCAGCUCUUCAGCCCACGGCAGCUCUUCGGUCCAGGACAGCUCUUCGGUCCAGGACAGCUCUUCGGUCCAGGACAGCUCUUCUUCCAACGACGCUUCUACGCCAGGACGUCCGGCUGCAGACACAACUUCCCUUUCGGAAGGAAGUACGCCUGAGGUUGGCCGUACGAGUUUGUCGGAACAAGAACCUCCCAGGACCCCCACUCGGGAGCUGACCCAAAGCGGCGCAGCCCAUGACCCUUCUGACAUCUUCGACACCCCGCGUUCUUCACCGAACCAACACCGUUCUUUGUUCGAGAAGAGAGACGCGUCCGUUGGCCAUCUUAGCAGAGAUCACGAGCCCGAGGACAUUGAGUUCGAAGACGACCAACCUAUCUUUAGUCCCACCGACUUCGACGACGCUUGCGACAGCGAAGAGCACGAAAUUGCCUCCCAACAACAAGCUUCUGGUGACUCUGCCCCAGUCGACACGCACAAAGACAACACAGAAGACAUUGCGCACGACGAAACGCAUCUAAUUCCAGCACAAGAACAUUCUGUCAAGAACCAAGUGUGCAGAACCCUUUGCAGCACAUACUUGUCGCCUCAGACGCAAACGCUUAGUACAGAUACCAUUUCCAGAAUGACACAACCACCCGCGAAAAGAGCAUGUAGGGGCGAGAUGUGGCCACUGCUCACAGCUGAUGAGACGAGGGAUUUCAUGCAGGGAGAUCAGCCCCCGUCACUCGACGUGUUCAACGUCAUUUUAGUUGCCCUGUGCGAGCAAUGGAAGGACGUCGUCGUCGUCCCCACGGCUGAGCUUACCAAGCUUCACCAAGACGACUAUCUACCGGACGCUGAUCUGCUCGACACCGUCUUUCAACGUGAGACUAUCCUUUUACCGUAUCUAGCAGACGAAGGCACUGUUCUCAUGGGGAAGAUCGAGCACAGGCAACGCAUCGUCGUCAGCGCGCAGCUAUUUGGCCCAUUCCCAUCCGACGCCAGCUUGGAAAAUUCUCGCAAGCUAACUGGCCUUUUCAUCAGCCAUUACCUGCCCAAAACCCCCCAUCUACUGAGAAUGCCUGUUCUGUACCCAGGGGUUUCUCCACCAGGGCCUACGAGCCAGUCAAACAGCGCCAUCCACUUGAUCGCCGCAGCUAUUUACAAGGCCGCAAGAAUCGACACGCCCAGUACCAUACACGCAGAACUGUGGCGCAGAAUACUCCUCGGGUGCAUCGGUGGCAGGAUUACGGACUGGGAACUGGUUUUUCCGCCGAUGCCAAUCAACAGAAUGGACGAGCCCCCACAACAGCUGCAGCAACCCAGGGCAGCCGAAGGCAACAAUAAUUUCGCCCGGUUUGAAGCACUUCAGGCGACCUAUCUGCAACAACAACGGGAAUUACUGCAAAGCUUGAGUACAGAUAUGGUUCAUCUCGAGGCCUACCACCAAAGUUUGACACCAACACUUCGCGUUGUUAAAUCUUUGCACGAGACAUGCCGCGGCCAUCAAGCCCAACUCCGAGCCAAACUUAAUGAAGCGACGGAAAGGCAAUCAUGCAAAAGUGGUCCUGGUGGGAAGGCAACGGCAACGUGUGUUGUCCAGAUCUCCCAGGAGCUCGAGGCGACGGAGAGACGCGCCACUGCUGCAGGCAACGUGUGUGAGAGUCUCCAGGGUCUUGACCAACGCCUGACUGAGAUGCACCGCGAGUACAUAAAGAAGCGGGAAGUGGUAGUGAGGAGGCAGUAG